UGUUUUUCUGAAAUAAGCGAGUGUCGACGUUGGUCGUUAACUGCCAAGCCCGAAAGGAGGUGCGCCGAGGGCACACGUGACUGCGCCGAACGGAAAGAAAUGUGGGUCUGCGAUAUCCAAACUUGGAACUUUCAAGUCGCUGAAUGAACUUUUUGUCAACAACCGCUGCCGUCACCACCUCACCAUUGCCUCACUGUGCUGCUGGCAAACGACAUCAACAAUGGCUCGAACGACCCAAAUAAAGCGCAAGCAUAUGCAAAUUGCUCGCUUUUGCCGGCAAUACCUCCAACUCGCGCCGGUCGUGGACUUCCCCGACGGCGAGUACCUGUGCGAUGCAUCAGUCCAAGAGACACUGUACGAGCAGCUUUUUAGCGAGGACAUGGAGAAUCCCGCACCUCCACGGUACCAGCUGAGGAUCCUGAAGGAGCUGGUGAAGAGGAUCGAGGGAAGUAUCGAGGAUUGGGACAGAUAUGGCCUCUCGGACAAUCUCUACACAAGAUUAUCCCAUCUGCUCUCGCUGCGGUUACCCUCCGAGGCCGAUGCCGCGCAGCAAAAGUGCUACGUCACUUACCACCUGUCUCUUCUCGGCGCCGGCAGUGCUCAUGACCAGACACUGCCGGUUCUCGGAGACAAAGCCCCCCACAUCACCCUCCUGGAAUCCCGCAACCUCAUCGCCGCCUCCGGCACCACCGGCCUCCGCACCUGGGAAGCCUCCCUCCACCUGGGGCAAUACCUUCUCACGCACCCUUCACUCGUCCGCGACAAGCGCGUGCUCGAACUCGGCGCAGGGACAGGCUACGUCUCUAUCCUCUGCGCCAAGUAUCUCGGCUCCAAACACGUCAUGGCCACCGACGGGUCAGAUGAAGUCGUGGCCAACCUGCCUGACAGUCUUUUCCUCAACGGGCUCCAAGGCUCUGACAGUGUUCAGCCGAUGGAGCUAUGGUGGGGUCACGCGCUUGUCGGCACCGAGGAGGAGCAAUGGAAUGGAGGACGAGAAGUGGAUGUGGUGCUGGGCGCAGAUAUCACGUAUGAUAAGAGCGUUAUUCCGGCGUUGGUGGCCACGGUUGAGGAAGUGCUUGGGCUUUUCCCCAAGGCGGAGGUGGUGAUUGCAGCGACGGAAAGGAAUCGGGAGACUUAUGAGAGCUUCCUGAGCGUGUGUGAGGGCAGGGGGUUGGAGGUGGUUCAUGCAGAGUUUCCGGUGCCGCCCAGAUCUGAGCAGACUGGGCCGUUCUAUAAUGACUUGAUGCCGAUACACAUUUGUCAGUUGAGGCGGAUGUAGGGUGCGGCUUGGAUUUCGUAGGGGAGCUGGAGGGAGCUCGAGCUUGACGCCGGGGUGGUGUAAUUGAUACCCGCUUGUCACUUAUCGUCAGAGCUUAUCGGUCAACCUUGAUGGGUGUCGUCGCAUUGUCCGCUUCGAUUCCUCUGAGGAGAGGCAGACAAUCACUAGAUAGAAAUGUCUGACAUAACCAGUACUCUUUAAUACGAUCCGCAAAAGGUCUCGAAAAAAAAUAAUGCACUGAAAGAAGCAGGUAGCAUCUUGGUCGCGAAUGUUGUUGGAUGAGAGGAUGUCCUCGGCCACAUGUUUGUUGAUUUGGAC